GCUAGUCCAGCCACAACCAACCCUUUCUCCAAUUCUUCCAUCUCCUUCCUCCUCUCCAAAGAAACAGGAAACCCUAGCUUCACCGCCGCAAGCUACAAGAAGUGAGCCAUUGCUACUGUCCGUUGCAGUCAGGGGCACCUGUGAAGCACAGAAGCCUCUCCUCCCAACCCUAAAGCCCCUUCUCCAGUUUCUUUUAUCUCAUUACCCUAGCCUCACCGCCGUCUGUCGCAGUCAGGGGAUCCUCUCUUCAUUUCGUCGGCGUCCUCCAAAGAAGAACCCCUGUUGGCUCUCAGUAUUCGUUCUCUACCAUCGUCUGCUCGCAGUUGUCCUUCGAAGGUCAGGCUCAUUGCUCGUAGUCUUCGUUCUAUUCUUCACAGUCCGUCAUCUUGCUCGUUGCCUGGUCUCCGUCUCUGUUGCGCUUCUGCCCGUCGGCUUUGACCGCUCAGAACGAAGUCUUUGACACAAAAAAAUCACAAGAGGAUAGUGUGAAGGCAGAUUGUUGUGAUGGAUCUACAAGGCUUGCCUGCGAGUCAUGGAUUCCACAUGCCUGCGGAGUGGGAACCUCACACUCAAUGUUGGAUGGGUUGGCCUGAACGCCCAGAUAACUGGAGAGAGAAUGCUGUUCCUGCUCAAGAUGUGUUUGCCAAGGUAGCAUCUGCAAUCUCAAGAUUUGAGGAUGUAACUGUUUGUGCUAGUUCUGGCCAGUGGGGGAAUGCCAGGAGAAUGCUACCUGAACAUAUCAGGGUCCUUGAGAUCAGCAUGAAUGAUUCUUGGUUUCGUGACACCGGACCAACUUUUGUUGUGAAAAGAUCAGAGUCUGGUAAGCAAACUAUUGCAGGAAUUGACUGGAAUUUUAAUAGCUGGGGAGGGUUAGAAGAUGGAUGUUAUACUGAUUGGAGUUUGGACAUCCUUGUUGCUAGGAAGAUUUUGGCAAUUGAGAGGGUUCAUAGAUUUUCACAUUCAAUGAUACUUGAAGGUGGAAGCAUACAUGUUGAUGGAGAAGGUACUUGCCUUACCACUGAAGAAUGUCUCUUGAACAAGAACAGAAAUCCUCAUAUGAGUAAGAACCAAAUAGAGGAUCAACUUAAGACAUAUCUUGGAGUCAGCAAGAUUAUAUGGUUGCCCCGUGGAUUGUAUGGAGAUGAUGAUACUAAUGGCCAUAUUGAUAACAUGUGCUGUUUCACUAGGCCUGGUGUGGUUUUGCUGUCUUGGACUGAUGAUGAAAGUGAUCCUCAAUAUGAAAGAUCUAUGGAAGCAUAUUCUCUGCUUUCUAAUGAAACUGAUGCCAAUGGUAGAAAAUUUGAAAUCAUUAAACUCCAUGUUCCUGGACCACUAUAUAUGACAGAGAAAGAGGCAGCUGGAGUAGUUCAAGGUGAUGAUGGUAAGGCAAGACUUCCAGGUACUAGGCUUGCUGCUUCCUAUGUGAACUUUUACAUUGCAAAUGGAGGUAUCAUUGUACCACAAUUCGGAGAUAAGAAGUGGGACGAUGAAGCUGUUCGAGUCCUAUCAAAGGCCUUCCCAGAUCACAAAGUUGUUGGAAUCGAAGGUUCAAGGGAGAUUGUUUUAGCUGGUGGAAAUAUACACUGCAUUACUCAGCAACAACCAGCCUUUUGAGCAAAGUACUGUCAACAUUUGUUCACAUGAGUGUUGUAUUUGCAUUGAAAUUUGUAGUCUCUGGAUCAUUGAUUAUACUGCUUGGUUCAUUCCAUUAAUCUUCAAAUGAUUGAUCCACAUAGAGGCACAAAAGUGUGUUUAAGUGCAUUGAAACAAAAUGUAAACUGGCAUUUUUCAAGUUGGAAAAUCUAAAUGAAUGAAUAAAUUAAGAGAUUUCUUGUUUUUACUUUGUAAA